UAGGGCGGAAGUGAGUUGCGGUCACCUGCUUCAGAGGCGGAGUUCCAACAUGGCUGCCCCCAGGAUUUCUGACGCCUGCGGUCCUCCGUUGUGGACUCUUUCGUUGUUUUUUCUUCUCGUUUCCCUUCAGUCCAGUGCGGUGGACGGAGCAGACAAGUGCGACGAGCUGCGGAUGGGACAAUUCAUAUGUGAAGACCCCAAAAUCAGUAAUGCCACACAGGAGCCCGUGAACUGCACCAACUUCACGGCCUACGUUCCCUGUUUGCCUGCUCCCAAUAUCACGUGUCGCAACUUUGAAGGGAAAGAGCUGACGUUCUCCGGAAGAGAAGUUGGAUUUUACAAGGCCGUCCCGUGCCGGCAUGUGAAUGGCUACUCCUACAAAGUGGCGGUGGCUUUAUCGCUCUUUCUUGGCUGGCUUGGAGCGGACCGCUUUUACCUCGGAUACCCGGCUUUGGGCUUGCUGAAGUUUUGCACAGUUGGAUUUUGUGGCAUUGCAAGUCUGAUCGACUUCAUCCUCAUCUCCAUGCAGAUUGUUGGCCCCUCUGAUGGAUCGAGUUACAUCGUUGACUACUAUGGUGCCCGACUGGUUCGACUCGGCAUCAACAAUGAGACCUACAGGAAGACCCAGAUGAGCCCCUAAAUGUACAGCCCCCAGGAGCCAAUGUGUGACCCCGAUGGCGACUGACCGAAGUGCCCGUGGGCUCGCUGCCCCUCGGCCUCUCAAAGACUCUUUUGUUGUACAGAACACUGGGGGGCCGAUGGUGGACGUUCAUCUGCUACAGGAAGACAAGUGAAGGGGUUGUUACUGCUGGGGGCGCAAACAAAUGAGGACACCGAGGCGCCACGUCAGCGUCGUCUGACCAGUUUGUUUUGUGCCACCCAGUGAACUGUAGGGCGACCCCUGUCAGGAGGGUCUGUGUGGACUGGACUGGGGACUGGGUGCCCCCCGCCGCCAUCUUUAAAUAUAUUAUGAAGAAGUGUGUGUGUGUGUGUGUGUGUGUGUGUGUGUGUGUAUAUGUGGGGGGGACGCUGGCCUCUCGGUGCUCUGGGUCCUGAUGGCGUUCACGCGGGGUUGGCAGAUGCCCAUUUUGUUUUAAUGUCUUCUGCGUUGUUGCAUUUUAUUUUGUUUCUCUGAAUUGCCCGCUGCUCUCAUUUUUUUUUUUCUUUCUCGAGCCCCCCAUGCAUUUUCUUUUCCACAGCAGACUUGCACUAUCAGUUUUUUUCCUCGGCCCCCCUUCACGUCGCCAGGGACGGCUGGCGUCCUUUUAUUGUACUAACGUGUGGGCUGCUGCUCAUUUUCCAACCCAGAAGUCACCGUUGGCACAUUUGUGGGUUUUGUUUUUGUGGGAUGCCCACCUCUUGCAUGUCCCCUAGCAGCCCGUGUUUCCUGUAGCUGAGGCCGUGGACCUCCCUGGUGCUCCUUCAGCAAGUGCUUAAUGUCAUAAUGGGCAAAGUGGGCACUCUCCUGCCAGCUAUGUCAGUGUGUGGCAGCAAGCGGGUCACCUUGGUGGGUUUGGGUUUCGUCUUCGCUCUAUCAGGGCAGCAAAGGCGAGCGUAAAUGUGGCGGGAUGUCCUGUUGAGGGCAGGUGCGCUGGCACCUUCAAGUUGGCUCGGGCGUGGGUGCACUGCCAUGCUGCCCAGGUCUUGUUCCUGCUUUGAGCUCGGUGCCCCCUGGGCGGGCCUGACCAGGAGAAGGUGGCACUAGCAGUAGUAAACUGGUGAACAGAUGGAGUCGUGGCUGCCCAAGUCUUCAUUUUGCUUUGUGCUGCAGGCCGGGUACGUGUGCCAGGGCCACACAACAUUGCCCUUGUGCCCCCCCGUUUUGACACCGGCAGUGGUCUUUGUGCCUUAUCAAGUGGUCUCGGGCUCUUUUUUUUCUUUUUUUUUCCCAGUGCUGUGGCUGUCGGGGUCUCCAGAUGAACACACGGCAUGACAAAUGGUUGGCGCCCCUCCAAUACUGGCAUGUGGUCAUCUUUCUAUUUCGCCAAUAAAGGGGGUCAUUUUGCUGGACUUGUCACUACGUCUGUAAUGGCCGCCACCCUACUGGCCACGGACUUUAAUACAUGACCUCAAACUUUAAAAGGGCGGGCACUUUGAAAAUGCCAAUGGGUGAGUGUGGGCAUCGGACAGUGGGCCAGAUUGCUUUCCUCUUCAUUUUCUUCUAGGGAGACAACACAACUACAGCCCCAACGACACGACCGUAUGAGAAUCACCGAUGCCCGCCUCCCAUCAUCCAAGUGUCAUCAGUCUUGUGCCCACCUACCCCCCUUGUGCUCAGCACAGUUGGCGUUGAGCUCUUGAAGUGACUGGCAGACCACCUGCCCACACGCGAGGCCCCCCAUCCCGUCUUCAUUCUGCGGGUCUUCAGCUCCAAUUCACGUCGGCCUGUGCUUCUUGUGGGCAGCGCCUUUCAAGUUGGUCAUAUGGCACCUUGCCCGCCCCGCCCCGCUCUCUCUUAUGGUCGUGCCCUUCAGGUUGACCUUUGUGUCCCUCUGCUCUCAUUCUUCUGUCCUUUAUAGCGUCUUUCACAUCUCUCUCUCCGUGCAGACAACACGUCACCACCAUUGGGGUCUCAACGCCACUUAUGCAACUCCACGUUGGUCAUCGAGCCCCUCGAAGUGCCCCCCCAUUGGGACCCCCUCUAGAGCUGCACGACAGAAGGUGGUGGACAGCGUGGCAUCUCCUCUUGGCCAGGGGCACGGUGGUGCCAUGAAUGCCAUCACUUUGCCUUAUUUUUUAAAAUGUCGUCGAGUGUCGGAUGGCUGCCCAUUGGUGACACACACCUGCAAAAAUGUCACCACGAUCUCGUUGAGUGGCCACCCACUUCACACUAGUGAGGGGUCAAGUCCGGACCCUGUGGAGGGGAGGGGGGCACUUGUGAGGCUGAAAGUCUGUCUGAGGGUCUCGAGUGCAGGCCUCUGAUGGAGUGUGGCACUGCCACCUUGGGGUGUGGUCUUCCUAAGACUGAGGGCACAUGGCGGCGAUGGUGUUGGGGUCUCGGUGGGAUGGCGAGCAGCUGUUGGUGUUGGCUCCUCGUCUUCCUCUCGCCCUCUUUGAUGUCAGUGUGGGCACCUCGUACCGCGUGCUCAUUGGCUGUCGCAGGGGCCGCCUUGAUGACCCCCUGGCAGGACUGGACUGACCCUUCAG